AUGACUACGGCUACCCUGGAGAAUAUUGCCGUUAUUGGAGGCACCGGCGACCUCGGGCAUGUCAUAGUCGACCAACUCGCUGCCGCCGGCAUCUUUAACCUUGUAGUCAUCACCCGGGGCUCCCACGCCAAGACAUUCCCACCAGGAGUAAAGACUGUCGCAGCUGACUAUGAAUCAUUGGACGACUUGACCGUUUCUUUCCGCGGGUUUGACGCCGUCGUCUGUGUCGUCCCAGGUCACCUCGAGGCCCUCCUGCUGCGCAUCCUCGAGGCUGCCAUCGCUGCGGAGGUCAAACGAUUCAUCCCCUCGGAGUUCGGCUCCGAUCAUCGGAAUCCGAGUGCGCAAUCCGUGCCCCUCUCAGCUUCCAAGAUUCGAGUCGACGAGGCGCUGAAUAAAGCCGCCGCGGCUGGGCGCAUCGAGUAUACCAGCAUCCUCGGCGGGCCUUGGACCGAGUGGCUCAUGACUUGCGACACUGGCAUGUGCCUUCCCAAACGCAAGUUCUACAUCCACGAGGACGGCGACAUUCGGUUUGGGCUGAGCACGCGCAAGGCGUUUGGAGAUGCGGUUGUGGGUGUGCUCAAACGACCCGACGCGACCAGGAACCAGAUCUUGACGAUUGAGGUGAUCAACCUGACGCAGAACCGGAUCGUGGAGCUAGUCAAGGAAGCUCUGCCCGAUAUAGAAAUCGAGGUCAUCAACGUCAGCACCAAGGAGCGCUACGAGAGGCGCGUGCAGAAGCUACUCUCUGGGGAUUUUGACGCGUCGGUCAUCGAAGACAUUGUGUUGCGAUUUGUCUAUGACCCUGAGCUCCAGCUCCCUUUCGAUACCGAUGACACCAACGAGUUGCUCGGGGUCCAGAGGAUGACCGAGGUGGAUUUCAAAGAGCUUGUCAAGACCUUGGCAUAAGAUAGCUCUGAGGUUGAGGCUUCGCGCGCGGGCUCUCUACAUGAUCCCGACGGGAUCCAAUGCCGGUGCCGUGCCACGCGAGUAAGCUCUUCAUUAGGAUAGCUGUCAUAGGCUAGAG